UACAACUGCGCGUGGUAGAACAAUUUCAGUGCUGCCAUUGCCAUACCUAAAUUUCAUCACUAAAAAAUUCAAGAUCGUUGAUGGAGUCUUGCCGGGUAGAAAGCCAACAUACCAUAAGUGGACAAGAAGAAGAAGAAGAAGAAGAGCAAUGGUUCUCCUACGCCAUGCAGCUGAUGACAAUGAUGACAGUGCCGAUGGUGCUGAACGCCGCCGUAAAGCUGGAUGUGCUGGAAAUCAUUGCAAAAGCUGGACCUGGUGGAAAACUUUCACCCUCCGAGAUUGUAUCCCAAAUGCCCACAAAAAACCCUGAUGCACCUGUUUUUCUGGACCGGAUGCUUCGCCUCCUAGCCGGCUACUCGGUCUUGACUUGCUCGGUCGUUGAUGGUGGUGCCGGUGCUCAUCAUGAAAGACGAUAUGGGUUGGCACCAGUUGCCAAAUACUUUAUCAAACACCAAUAUGGGGCAACCCUGAGGCAGCUUUCGGUUUACCUUCAAAAUAAACUGCUGAUGGACUCCUGGUAUCAAUUAGAAGCUUCAGUUCUGGAAGGAGGAAAUGCAUUCAAGAGGACUCAUGGCUGUGCGCUAUACGAGUAUAUGACAAAAGAUCCCACGUACAACGAGGCUUUCGAUAAGGCAAUGAGCUGCCAUACAAAGGUGGUCCUAGAAAAGGCCCUCGAGUGCUACAAGGGUUUUGAAAAUCUCAAAACCUUAGUUGAUGUGGGUGGUGCUCUUGGACAAGCCAUCCAUAUGAUAACAUCUAAAUACCCCGACAUUAAGGGCAUUAAUUUUGACUUGCCACAUGUUAUUGAGCUUGCCCCAUCCUACCCUGGGAUUGAGCAUAAGGGUGGUGAUAUGUUUGAAAGUGUUCCAGAAGCGGACGCAAUUUUUAUGAAGUGGAUACUUCAUAAUUGGGAUGAUGAGCAUUGCGUGAAGUUGCUGAGGAAUUGCUACAAGGCUUUACCAAAUGAUGGAAAGGUAAUUGUUGUCGAUGCAAUCGUUCCUGUGAAUCCUGAAAAUAGCGAUGCAGCUGCCAAAAGCAAUAUGCAAAUUGAUCUUUUCAUGAUGGCUGUUUGUUCCCCCGGUGCAAAGGAGAGAUCAGAGCUGGAAUUUCGGGCCUUGGCUACUAAAGCAGGAUUUAGAGGCAUAAGAGUCGAAUGUCGACUCUUUGACCUUUGGGUGUUGGAAUUCUACAAGUAGAUUGAUGCAUGAAUGUCUGCUUUUAAGAACCUGUUCUUUGUUUCUGAUUUGGAAGUCUGAUAAUAUUUGCAGAUGUAAUGCAACACAAUCGCAAUUCACAAAAAAGCCAGUGUUCUGUCUAGACCUCAAUCUUAGGGUGUGCGUCAGUUUUGAUGGCACUGGAAAGUGGAAACUGUAUGUUUGUGCAGUCCUAUACAUACGUAAUUCUCUGAUGAGUGAUGUCUAGUCCUUCAAACAGAACUCUAUUUACAUGUAUAUCGAAAAUUUCCGCCA